AUGACUGUACAAAUUAUUCUUACAGUGCUAUUAAGCCAAAUUCCAUUUAUUGUGUAUCUUAUAUAUAGAAGAAAUAUUCUAGUGCACUGUUCAAACGGGAAGAGGCAAAGAAAGAGCACAAAUGUUACCAUUGAUAGAAAUAGACCUGUUAAGGGUGUAUUAGUAGUGCGUAAUGAUUUAAAAAUGGGAAAAGGUAAAAUUGUAUCACAGGCCAUGCAUGCGGCAUACCAAGCAGCUACACAGGACAAUCCAUUAAACAGCAUAUGGAAGUACAAUGGGUUUAAAAAAACUAGCCUGAAGGCAAAUACAAAAGAAGAACUUGAUGCAAUAGUUGAACAAGUAGAAGCCCAGCACAUCCCAUAUACAUCAAUUGUGGAUGCGGGCAGAACGCAGGUAGAACCAAAUACACACACUGUUACAUUUAUAGGCCCGUGGUAUGAAGAUGAAAUAGAUUUGAUAACAGGAAAUUUGAAACUUUUAUAA